AAGAGGAGACCAAAGUGGGUCAGUUACACACGUUGUGUUCAGGCAAUUCCAUGUGGCCACAUGGAUGAUUGGAGACUCAACAAACUCUCUCUUUCUCUUUCUUCUUCUUCUUCUUCUGCUGCCACUUCUUUUACAUCAACAACAAGAAGAACAAACAACGGCACGAAGUAAAAAACAUGACUUUUUUUGUUAAGUUAUAACUACUCUAAGAACCACCCAUAACGUAUUAUUAAGCAACACCCUCAUUUCCCUUCGUUUUCUUUGAUUCCGUGUUGAAAGUUUUAGUCUUUUCAAAAAGUAUGAAGGAAAGCAGUGAUGGGUUUGUUAGAGCAGAUCAGAUUGAUCUGAAGAGCUUGGAUGAGCAGCUUGAAAGACAUCUUAACAGGGUUUGGGCCACUGACAAGAGCAAGAACAAGAGAGAUGAUGAUGGUGAUGGUCGAGUUGAUGAUGAUGAUGGAAAGCUCAAGCUUACUCCCAGUAGCACCAAUAAGGCUGCAACUAUUGUGAACAACGAGAGACAGGAGUGGGAGAUCGACCCUUCCAAGCUCAUCAUCAAAACUGUCAUUGCUCGUGGUACCUUUGGCACUGUUCACCGUGGCUUCUAUGAUGGCCAGGAUGUUGCCGUGAAGCUGCUUGACUGGGGUGAGGAGGGCCACAGGACAGACGCUGAGAUUGCCUCAUUAAGGGCAGCUUUCUCGCAAGAAGUUUCCGUGUGGCAUAAACUUGAGCAUCCCAAUGUUACCAAGUUUAUAGGGGCAACAAUGGGCUCAUCAGGGCUACAAAUACAAACUGAGAAUGGUCAAAUAGGCAUGCCAACUAGUGUGUGUUGUGUUGUUGUGGAAUAUCUACCUGGGGGUGCUCUGAAAUCUUAUCUUAUAAAGAACAGGAGAAGGAAGCUAGCUUUCAAAGUGGUUGUUCAACUUGCGCUUGAUCUUGCUAGAGGGUUGAGUUACCUUCAUUCACAGAAGAUUGUCCACAGAGAUGUAAAGACAGAGAACAUGUUGUUAGACAAGACACGUACAGUAAAAAUUGCUGAUUUUGGGGUUGCUCGUGUUGAGGCUUCAAAUCCUAAUGACAUGACCGGAGAGACAGGAACCCUUGGUUACAUGGCUCCAGAGGUUCUCAAUGGCAACCCAUAUAACAGGAAAUGCGAUGUGUACAGUUUUGGCAUCUGUUUAUGGGAGAUAUAUUGUUGCGACAUGCCGUAUCCUGAUCUUAGUUUCUCUGAAGUGACUUCAGCUGUGGUUCGCCAGAAUUUGAGACCAGAGAUGCCGAGAUGUUGCCCCAGUUCUCUAGCAAAUGUAAUGAAACGAUGUUGGGAUGCUAACCCUGACAAGCGGCCUGAAAUGGAUGAGGUAGUUUCUAUGCUGGAGGCCAUAGAUACAUCAAAAGGUGGAGGUAUGAUUCCUGUCGAUCAACAGCAGGGCUGUCUUUGCUUCCGGAGGUAUCGAGGGCCUUGAAAAAUUACUCCAUGAUGCAGCUAAAAGAUUGCGAGACUAUUAUUUUAAAGUUAGAGAGGUCCGGUUUGUAUUUACUAUGAAAAAGCAAAACAACAAUCAGAUACCAAGCUGAGAGGAAAAGGUGGUGGUGGGUAUAGGCUCAGGAGCUGUGCUACAUUUCACUUUGUCAAAUGAUGUAAAGCUUUUCCCUUUGUUAUUUUCUCUUAUAAUUUUUUAGGGGGUUCCCCAUAUCUGUUUAUUUACUCGAUUUGCCAGUCUGGUUGUGGACUGCCCCCCCCCCCUUCCACCCCUUCUGUAAGAUAACUCUUUAUACACUCAAGUAAUAAUCAACAUUAUUAAAGUUGAUCAA